AUGGCGCUCAGCAGAACCACCCGCCAUGCCACCAGACUGGCCCAGGCCUCGCGACCACUCUUUUCGGCUCGCCACUAUGCGACCGCCGAGCCGGACCUCAAGUCUGCUCUGAAAGAGGUUAUUCCCGCUAAGCGCGAGCUCCUACAAAAAGUCAAAGCCCAAAGUGACGAAACCAUUGGCGAGACCAAGGUGGGGAGCGUCAUUGGAGGCAUGCGUGGCCUCAAGGCGAUGCUGUGGGAGGGAUCGGUGCUGGACGCCGACGAGGGCAUCCGGUUCCAUGGAAAGACGAUCAAGGACUGCCAGAAAGAGCUUCCCAAGGGCACCACUGGGACUGAAAUGCUUCCCGAGGCUAUGUUCUGGCUUCUCUUGACAGGCCAGGUCCCCUCCACCUCCCAGGUGCGCGCUUUCUCCAAGGAGCUCGCCGAGAAGUCGUACCUGCCCCAGCACAUCCUGGACCUGAUAAAGUCCUUCCCCAAGAAUAUGCACCCAAUGACACAGCUUUCGAUUGCUGUCGCUGCUCUGAACACGGAGUCCAAAUUUGCUAAAGCCUACGAGAAGGGCCUGAACAAAGCCGAGUAUUGGGAGCCCACUUUCGAUGACUGCAUUUCCCUACUUGCAAAAAUCCCCCCGCUCUUCCGCCCUAACGAAAUUGAUGCUGUUGGUAGCCAAACUCUGGAUGUUGCGCAGGACUGGGCCUACAACUUUGCUGAGCUGCUCGGCAAGGGCGGCGAGAAGAACAGCGACUUCCACGAUCUUCUCCGUCUGUACCUGGCUCUCCACGGAGACCACGAGGGUGGAAAUGUCUCCGCCCACGCUACUCACCUGGUCGGUAGUGCUCUGAGUGACCCUUUCCUCAGCUACAGCGCUGGACUUCUCGGUCUUGCCGGCCCCUUGCACGGCCUUGCUGCCCAGGAAGUUCUCCGCUGGAUCAUGCAAAUGCAGGACAAGAUUGGCACCAAGUUCUCUGAUGAAGAUGUCCGCAGCUAUCUGUGGGACACCCUUAAGUCCGGCCGUGUCGUUCCUGGCUACGGUCACGGUGUUCUGCGCAAGCCCGACCCUCGCUUCCAGGCCCUGAUGGAUUUUGCCGCGACCCGCCCUGAUGUCCUUGCCAACCCUGUCUUCCAGCUGGUCAAGAAGAACUCUGAGAUUGCUCCCGGUGUUUUGACUGAGCACGGAAAGACCAAGAACCCCCACCCCAACGUCGACGCUGCCUCCGGUGUUCUCUUCUAUCACUACGGCUUCCAGCAGCCUUUGUACUAUACGGUUGCCUUUGGUGUUAGCCGUGCCCUUGGGCCCCUGGUUCAGCUCAUCUGGGACCGUGCUCUGGGUAUGCCCAUUGAGCGCCCCAAGAGCAUCAACCUGCUCGGUCUCCUUAAGAAAUAA